AUGAACCAUUCAGAUUUCCAAAUAUCACACUUCAUCAUCGUGGGGUUUCCUGCACCAGAGGACAUGCCAUCACGAAUAAUUCUUUUCACUUUUUUCCUUCUGAUAUAUGUUUUAACACUUCUAGAAAAUAGCAUACUCCUUCUAAUUAUUAGGCAAGAUGCCCAUUUGCACUCACCAAUGUACCUGUUCAUUUGUAACCUGGCUGUUUUGGAUAUGUGCUUACCUUCUGUCACUGUCCCACAGGUGAUGCAUCAGAUACUGCGGAAUGACAAAUUUAUUGACUUUCUCUCUUGCAUCAUACAAAUGGGAUCCUUUAUAUGCUUCAAUGUGAUAGAAGGUUUAUUACUAGGAGUCAUGGCUUAUGAUCGUUACCAAGCCAUCUGCAAGCCCCUGCAUUACCCAUUAGUAAUGAAUAAUAUGCAAGCAGUGAGACUUGCUGCUUUUUGCUGGGUGCCAGGGAUCAUUACUGGAUUUGGUCACCUUUGGGCUGUACUAACUUUACCCUUUUGUGGUCCAAAUAAAAUAUUUAAUUAUUACUGUGAACACAUGGAAAUUAUAAAGUUGUCUUGUACUGAUGUGAGUGCAUAUUCCAUUAUUACUGUGGCUGCUGUUGUAAUAGUGAUGUUUGUUUCAAUAUGCCUGAUAUUACUCUCCUAUAUAAAAAUCCUUAUAGCAGCAAUAAAGGUGACAUCCUCAGAGGGACUCCAGAAGGCAUUCUCAACUUGUGCAAGCCAUCUAAUUGUCAUUUCUCUUUUUCUUGUUAUCCAAGGGGGUCUCCUGGUUUCAAAGCAAAUGAAAGAUACCUCCAUCAACGUUUCAGUCCUUGCUGGCUUUAUCCCAAAUAUUAUUCCACCACUUAUGAAUCCUAUUAUAUACUGCCUGAAAACAUCAGGAAUCAGAACAGGCUUAAUAAAGUUACUAAAACAGUAAAAACGUUGACUUGAGCUUUUAAAGAAUGCAAGCACAGUCUGGACAGCGAGUGAAGCAAUAUGAAAUAAUUAGAAAUUUUAUCUCACACUGAAUAAUGUAAACAUUGCCAGGCAUCAUUCAUAUAGG